AUGUUUCAGCCUUACAUUAGUAAACUUUACAAGUUGUAAGUUAAACGCACACCGGAUAUGGCGGACAAAACAAAUCGUCCAAAAAGUGACGAUGUGUAUUGGUCUAAAAUAGGUAUGACUUCAAGUGAAGAUGAUGCAUAUAUACCAGGGUUAUCUGCUCCUGGUAAUAAAAGACCAGGUCGUGUUAAAGGGAGGAAACCAAAAGAGGUUCACGCCAAGGUGCCAAUUGAACAGCCUGUAAUUGAGAAUAUCAGACCCGACUUCUCACACAGUGAUAUACCUCCUUCAGGUAGAGUAAAGAAGCCAUUAAAGGGGAACCUGAAGACGGGCAGCAGUUUUACGUCUCGGGAGAAAAGCAAGUUGUCAGAUGGCGAUGAUAGUGGCAUGUCAACAACAUUUGAGAGUUUUGCUGAGAAAAGUAUUCGUAGAUUACAGAAAGCUUCCUUAAAAGAUUUACGCCCUGAGGACAAACAGAGAGUGGCAAACCUUAUCAAGGAGCUGGCCAGGGUUGGUGAUGAGAAGGAACAAGUUGUAAAAGAGUUACAUGGUGAAAGAGAACAGUAUGAGCGACAGUUGAUGGUAAUGGUGGAACAGCAAGAGAAAAUAUUACAGGAAAGAGAAGACAUUCAAGAAAAGUUGUUUAAUUGCCAGAAGUUGCUUACAGAGUACCAAGCUCAGUUGUUAAACAAACAAGAUAGGCUGAACUCCUCCAUCCAUGAUAUUAAAGAGGCUAUUGGCACCACAAAAUCUGAAGCUAUUCCACCUAAACCAAAAGUCACUGUUACCUCCUCCAUACCUGUAACCACGGCAAUAGAUUCUGUACCAAUUAGUAACCCAGCAGGGGUUAUUGAAGUUUGUCCGCCCGUGUAUGACCUAUCAGAGAUGGAUGAACGCAGCUUGACUCCCGUACUCCUUAAUCGGAUCCCAUCCCCAAUUAAUAAACAGGAUUAUCCAGGAGCUGGGAGGCAGUCCAGGUCUAGGGAACCAGUCAACAGACAUCUUACCAAUCGAAACGUUGUUGAUGAUCAUGUGACCAAUCAGGAAUCAGCAGACGAAUCUGUGUCAGAUUUGUUGUUAAAUCCUAUGGAUACUGUGAAAAGACCUUACACUUCUUUGAUUGACAAAGAAAUUGCCAGAGAAAGGUCAUUAAGUCGAGGGUCAAGGGCAUCAGACUAUUCAAGGUCACGCAGUGUUUCACCUUCAGAAGGAAGACCAAAAUUUGCCUACCCUCAGAAGCUGACGGGUCCAUUGCAAGAACCUUUAGCUUCAAGCACUCAAAAAUCUAUGGAAAUCAGAGCUUUGAAUUAUGAAAAUGAUAGUAUAAGGUCAAAGUCAUCAUUGAAAAAUCAAGAAUUAGGGUCAAAAGGUCAUCAGUAUUCAAAAGGAGGUUACAUUAGGGAUCAAUCACCAGCAAGUUCGGACAGUGCUAAAAAUAGAGUUGUAUUCAAUGGGAAGGAUGAAUAUGAUGAUGAUGCCGAAAAACAUUCGCCAAACAUUAAAUCACCCACUAAAGCAUUCAGUGACCCAGAAUAUGGUAAAUAUUACAAAAAGUUAUCGCCUGGUGGAAGGAAACGCGAACUGUUAAAACAGCGUCAGGCUUUGCUUGACGAGCAAGAGAGAUUAAGAUUAGUGCUGGAAAAACAGGAACUUCAGUUACAAACGCGGAAAUACGAGUACGAUAAACGGAAAGAGCUCCAAGAGCAGAGAAUGAAAUUCUAUAAAGAAGGUGGAAAAUUUCCUGCCUUGAAACUAGAAUUUGAUAACGGAAGUGAAAGAGGAGGAAAUAUGGAUGAUGAGGAUGAUGAUGACGACAGAGUCGUAGGAAAGGCAUCAGGGAAAGGACUGGUCGGGAGGGAUCAGGCAUCAGAAGUAGAGAUGUACAGUCCAAGGAAUGAAAUUAAUAUAGUUAUUAGAAGGACAAGAAGCAUCAUGUCAAAGUCAGGUUGUCAUGAUGAUGAAGUUCAGGUGAAGAGUAGGGUAUCAAUGGGAACAUCUCCUAUAGCAACACCUCCACGUAGCAACAAGGUUAACACAGGAACGUCACCAGCAAGAUCAGUCGACACAGCAGAUUCAGACGUCCCUCGACUGGUUGACGUGGCUACAAGUAUAUCAUACAGGACUCCGUUAAAAGAUGCCAGUAAUCAUUUACAAGGUAAUCUGCCACUGGGAUGUAAUCGGCAGAGGUCAAGUCCAUUAGGUAAACAGUGGCGGGAAAUGGAGCCUGAGGUCACUGUCAGAAAACCCGGUGAGAAGACAUUGAAUGUACUGGAGAUUGUAAACUCUAUGGACGAGGAGCCACCUUUAACUUCUAGCUAUGACGACCUUGAGAACAGACCAAAUAAACUCUUUACACCCAAUAAAUAUAUCACUCAUGGCAAAGGAGCCCAGUCUAGUCCGUACAGACAGUACACAAGUCCAGCUCAAAGAAAAAAUCAAGCCAAUUCUAGAACCAGUCAAGUUCAGCAGAAAACCAGUCUUGGAAACAAGCUUCUGAGUGAAGAGGAGGAAUCGUUAGAGGAGAGCAAAAUUCUUGAAGACAUUUUCUUUCUAUGAUUCUGUUACUAUAAAUAGUCUAUACUUACUGUGAUAUUAUUCUUUUUCUCACCUGAAAUAGUCUGUAUUGUUUUGUAAUGGACUUGAAUGUCAAACUUUAAAUAUAUGUCAUCAGGGCUAAUGUGGGUUCUUCCAAUCUUAUUCCGUGGGUACGAACAAAUUAUAACUUUUAUGGCGUCAUGGUGCAAGAAUGACCAUUGCAUUGCACUUGUUAUCAAUUUAAUUAUUAUUUACUAAUUUGAACAUGUAAAAGUUUGUAACCCAUGCUUGCCAAGUUCCGGAGUAUCUUUAUUAUGAUCUGUUGUUAAUCACUUACAAGGCAGCCAGCAAUAAAACCUUGUCAUGUAGAUGUUCUGCCAGGUUUGUGGGUUAGUCCAGCCUUAUUACGGCUAGCAUUAAGAAGGCCUAGUUUUGUAUAAUUCCUGUAUACUAUGUUAGUAUGAAUUUUUGUAUUGGGGAUUAUUUGUAUACUUUUUUUGAAAAAAAAAGGACCAAAAAACUUUCAUACUUAAAAUUUUUUAUGUAAUUUUAUCCAUUAAGA